AGGAAUGCAGAACAAAACCGCGAAAUGUUUACUAGUGUGACGACGUUUCUGUGUCCUUUUAUGUCAAAUCAAAUGAGUCGAAGCGACUUGUUGUCGAACUGUCAAGUUUGCGGCUCCGGAACGUAGUCGACCAGCGAGCGAGGAUGAGUACGCAGUUCUUCAGUGAAAAAAAAAACUGAGUGCAUCGAUCAAUGAUUUAUAGCGUGACAGCGCAAACGAAGUGAAAGUUAGAGUUGUUUAUCUAAAUAUGCAAAACAUUCGCGCUGCAAUAUAUAAAAAUACACAAAAAUCUAAUAUAUAUAUGUGUCACAGAAUUAAUAAUAUAUCAAAACUUUUAAUAAAUUAAUUACAUAUCUCUCCGUGUCUUUUGUUUCAAUUACUUAAACUUCUUCCUAUUAUUGCAUGCUAACAUUAAUGCAAAAUAAAAAUAAAGUGUUUUAAAUGGCGAAAAAUUGAAACAGUACUGUUGAAACAGCAAGUUGUUAAGAAGUGAACUACGCUAAACAGCUGUGCGAGGUGUGAAUGAAAAGAUAUUUUUUGAAACCUGUGCAUCAGAAAGAAGUUGAAAAUGCUUGGUACUGUAACGGUGUUACUAGAUCCCUUCUUGCUUAUCGGACUUCUUCUGGGUAGCCUGUACUUUUAUCUUAGGGCGACUUUUGAUUUUUGGCAAUGUCGCGGUGUACCAUUCAAAAAGCCAACCGUGCUCGUCGGAAACUUCGGUCCUCUGCUCCUAUUCCGAAAAUCACAACCGGAAGGUGUCAAAGAGAUGUACCAAUGGUUCAAGGACGAGAAGUUCUUCGGCGCGUUCCGCGUAAGAUCCCCUGUAUUGAUUUUACGCGAUCCCGAUCUGGUGAAAAGUGUAUUCGUCAAGGAUUUUGCCUGCUUCACGAAUCGCGGAAUUCCAAUCAAUAACGCUCAGGAUCCGCUCUCCGGCCACCUGUUCAACCUCGAAGGGCGCAAGUGGAAGGGCCUCAGGUCGAAAUUGACGCCCGCGUUCUCGUCGGGCAAACUGAAGCGGAUGUUCUAUCUAUUGGUGGAAUGCUGCGAGGAGCUGCAGAGGCUCAUCGACGCGAGUUGCCACGCUGAUCGUAGUACGAUCGAGGUGCGGGAACUCGCAGCAAAAUUCAUCAUUGACGUCAUCGGCAGCUGCGCUUUCGGCAUACAGAUAAACGCCCUCACCGACGAGGAGUCCGAGUUUCAUCGGGCGGCGAAGAAGCUCUCGAAGCCGAGUUACAAGGCGACUCUCUGGAGGAUGCUGCGAACUGCCAUGCCAAGGUUGUACAGGCUGCUGGGUGUGCAGGUCAUCGAUCCGAGCGUCACCAGAUUCUUCAAGGACGUCGUGUCGCAGAUGAUCGAACAGAGGGAGAAAACUGGCGCGCGAAGACACGAUUUCAUGGACCUGCUGGUCGAGCUGAAGAACAAAGGCGUUUUGGAGAACGAAACCGGCGCGCAAGUCUGUAACAACGAGGACGCUCAAGCAGCGGAGGAAAUUGAAUUAGACGACAAUGCUAUUGCGGCGCAAGCGUUCGGCUUCUUCGCCGCUGGUUACGAAACCUCUUCGAACACAAUUGCGUUCUGUCUCCACGAAUUAGCUUUGAAUCAGGAAAUUCAAGAAAGAACCAGACGAGAGAUACACGAUGCCAUAGAAGCGCGAGAUAAUAAAUUAACUUAUGAUGCUGUACAAGAGAUGAAGUAUCUCGAUAUGGUAAUAUUAGAAACUCUCAGAAAAUAUCCGCCAGCCCCAUUGAUAUCUCGGAAGUGCGAGUAUAAUUAUCAGAUACCGAAUAGCAAAGUGGAACUGCCAGCCGGUAUGCGGGUGAUUAUACCGAUUUACGGCUUUCAUCACGAUCCAAAUUAUUAUCCCGAUCCGACAAAAUUCGACCCUGAGAGAUUUACGGAAGAGAAUAAACGCGCGAGACACCCUUACACUUAUCUUCCAUUUGGAGAAGGGCCACGAAAUUGCAUAGGUAUNNGAUUCGCGUUGCUGCAAAUCAAGAUGGGGAUAAUAUCGUUCCUCAAGAAUCACCGAGUCGAAAUAUGCGAAAGAUCGAUUGUGCCGAUAAAAUUUAGCAGACGGAGUCUUGUGACCACGAGCGAGAGGGGAUUUUGGCUUGCCAUCACUCCAUCCUCCUAGAUCUGUAGAGAUCUCUACUUAAAAAAAAAAAAAUGUUUUAAUUAAUAUGUGAUUAAACAUUAAAUGUAUACGUGUAAUCGCAAUCACAAAUAUAUCAUAUUUAAUAAUAUACGUAUUUAAUUGGCGGCAAAGAUAGAACAUCAGCUCUUGUUUCCUCGCCUGUGUUGUUUUGUAUAUAAGUUGCAUAAUUAAAAUUACACCGCAGAAUUAGAAGCGUCUUAAAAAAAGAAUUUAAUUAAUUAAGAGCUUAUAUUUUUAUAUUGUACUUUGUUCACACUGGAAUCUAUUAUAUCAAUUUAGUUAUAUGUGUAUAACUUUAAUAAUCGCUUUUAGGGAUUUAUGCACACGCAUAAAUAAUAACUCUUAAUAUGAUGUAUGUGAAAAAUUACUUUAAUCGAAAGAAUAAUAAAUAUGUGUAUGUGUAAA